AUGGCAGGAAACACCACAACACCAACUAGCAGUACUGUUGGAGGAAACAGUGACGUGGCUAGACUUCAGUUGAGAAUCCAAGAACUCGAAGCACAAUUGGCAGCAAAACAACCCAAGACACCCAAACCUCAAAUCUUCGACGGCAAACGAUCAGAACUUAAGAAUUUCCUCACGCAAAUGGACAUGCAUGUGGCAAUCAAUGCAGUAUCACUCGGAACCAAAGAAUCCAAGGUGGUCUUUGUGGCAACAUGCCUCACUGGAGAAGCGUUUCAAUGGAUUGAACCAGUGCUUAGGGAAUACUACAACAGUGAAAAGAAGGAUUGGAGCGACCACACUAAGGAAAUAUUGGGAUCCUUCAAGACAUUCAAAGAAAAGUUUCAACUCGCGUUUGGCAAUAUCGACGAGGCAAGAAAUGCAGAAAGGCAACUACGACAACUACGACAAACAGGAUCUGCACGACAACUAGCAAUCAAGUUCAAACAAAUCGCUAUGAUACUCGACUAUAGUGACGACGUACUCAUUGCAAUGUUUGAAAACAUGCUAAAGGAAGACGUUCAAGUAGAACUCAUCAAGAUGGAUCGACCAGACAAUAUUGACGAAUUUAUUGAACAAGCUGUCAAGAUCGACGACAAGCUGUACGAAAUCAAGCAAAAACGACAAGAAAUACAAGGAUGGAGACGCCAUGGGACGGCGCUACCAGCAAAUCAACGACGACAUAGGUCAGGCAAUCAUGGGCAGAGACGACAUGAUCCAUAUGGACCAAUGCCCAUGGAACUCGAUGCAACCGUAGAAGCAAAAACCUAUGAAAAGAAGAAAGUUAGGUUCGACAAGACCACAGUCAAGUGCUACAACUGCAACAAGACGGGACACUACGCAAAAGAAUGCAGAAGCCCAAGAAAAGAAAGACAGAUCAAAGCAACGCAAGAAAACGGUUCUAACGAAGAAGACCAAGAAAGAUACGCCGAAUGGGAUAACGACUAUGGCGUAAACGACUAUCAGAACGAUAGAGAUAUAUGCAGCAGCUUUAGCGGAACAGAAAGCGAAAUGAACCUCCACCUCACAACAAUGCAUGCAGCAGACUACGAAGAGGUAGGAAACGAAAACAACAGGGUUGACGAUUAUCCAGAAAUCGAUGACGAGCCUAAGAGCCAGUACCAGGACGCUCAAGAACGGCCAGAAACAGAAAUCCCCACUAACGACGAAUGGGAAGAGAUUAAAGCACUAGGAAACCCAUGCGGAUCAGAUUGUCAAGUGCUAUACAAAGACCCGAAACAUCCAGGGCAUGGAUCCAUUGCAUUUAUCUUCUGUAAUGACGAUUGGUGUAGUGUGCAUCUGGAUGCAAAGCAAGGGAGUGGAUAUUUUCCGAGACCACACCAAGAGAUAAAGCCAGAAAACUGCAAAUGGCUAAGAAGGGACAACGAAGGACCCUCAAGGAUCAGUUUGGCGAAAACUGACAAUACCGCUAUGCCCAAUACAGCGAAGCAGUCGGCAGGGACUGGGGACACGAAUGAGGCCCAAAAGCCUGAAGGACCGAAGCGAAGACAACGAACACUAGUACCGCUAAGGAACGAUGAGGAAAGUCCAGAAGAAGACAGUAACGCUACGAGACAGCGAAAGAUUGAAAACAACAUAAAGCAGUUAAUGCACGAGUGGACUACACUACGAAAAGAAGAAAUCGAACGAAUCGGAAAAGUAAAAGACUUGAAAGCCACCGCACACGGACGACACUUCAAGAUAACGGCCAAUAUCUUAGGAAGUGACGUACGAAUCAUGAUUGAUUCAGGAGCGACAGGGAACUAUAUGGACCCAAGGACGCAAGAGAAACUGCAGAUACUAGGACGAAAGAAACCUACACCGAUACCAUUGAUAGGGCUCAAUGGGGAGAAACUGUCAGAAGAAGGAAUCACCGACGAAACAGGGUGGUUAGCCAUGAGCAUUGAUGGACACCUCGAGAUGAUCAACUUUGAUAUUGCGAAACUAGGAAGAGAUGACGAUGAGACCAAGGGUAGGGUCAUCGCUGAAGUCACGGAAGAGAUUACGCUGCAUGAAGAGCAAGAAAUGUUCAGGGAACUUUUAGAAAAAGCGGCGAAGGAACGACAACUCGCAAGCAGUACGAACGUUGCGUUACCAACAGAAUACGAACAGUUCAGAGAUUUGUUCGACGGAACAUACCAGGCCUUACCAGACCACAAUGAAUGGGAUCAUACUAUUCCACUCAAGGAAGGAAAAGAGCCAGUACCUCAGAAGAUUUACCCAGUGUCGGGAAAUGAAGAAGAAGCUCUGAAGAAAUACAUCGAAGAAAAUCUAGAAAAAGGGAUACCCAGUAUUAUUCGUCAAAAAGAAAGGAACAACAGAUUUGAGAAUGACAGUUACCUCUUACCACUGAUCACAGAGAUACAAGAUAAAGUUCGAAAUAAGAAAUGGUUCACUAAACUUGAUAUCACCGACGCGUAUAAUCGCCUCAGGAUCAAGGAAGGAGAAGAAUGGAAAACAGCAUUCAAGACCAAGUUUGGACAUUUCGAAUAUUUGGUCAUGCCAUUUGGACUCACCAACGCACCGGCAACAUUCCAGAGAUACAUCAACAAUGUGAUCUCACCAUAUUUGCACGACUUCACCAUCGCUUACUUGGAUGACAUUUUAAUAUUCUCUAACAGCAUGGAAGAACAUGUGAAACACGUGAAAUUAGUACUCGAACAACUAAAAACGGCAAAACUACAAGUGAAACUAAAAAAGUGCGAAUUCCAUGUACAAGAAACUGACUUCUUGGGACACAGGAUCACACAAGAAGGAAUACAGAUAGAAAAAGAGAAAGUUCAGGCAAUCAAGGAUUGGCCUCAACCAAGGAACCUUAAGGAACUACAGUCAUUCAUUGGAUUGAUCAACUAUUAUCGACGAUAUAUUGAAAACUACGCAAAAAUCAUGACACCGAUGUUCAAGUUACUGAAAAAGGAAAUACCAUAUGAAUGGAACGAAGAACAACAAAAAGCAUUUGAAGAAGCCAAGAAACGACUCACAAAGGCACCUAUUUUGGCACAACAUGACCCCGAAUUACCAACAACAUUGGAAACAGACGCAUCAGACUUUGCAAUUGGAGCAACCAUGACUCAACCAGGAACAGAUGGAAGACCCAGACCAGUUGCAUACUACUCAAGAAAGCUCAUCGACGCAGAACUCAAUUACGAGAUACACGAUAAGGAACUGUUGGCUAUAGUGUCAGCACUUCGGCAUUGGAGAGUAUAUCUCGAAGGAGCAACAUUUCCGAUACGAAUCAUUAUGGAUUACAAGAACCUUACCUACUUCACGACAACAAAGGUAUUGACAAGAAGACAAGCCAGAUGGUCAGAACUACUAGGAAAUUACUGGUUUACUAUCGAACACUGCAAAGGCAAGGAAAACGAAAGAGCAGACGCUCUCAGCAGACGACCAGAUCACGAAGAAGGGAUUAAGAAACCCGAACCGGCAUUGCUACGACUAAACAAAGAAGGACACUUGGAGUAUAAUCCACAAGUGGCUACACUCGCAGCAACGGCAGAAACAACAACAGAUUCAGAAUUACAAGACAAAAUUGUUGAAGAAACGGCCAAGGACGAUUUAAUUCAGUCUUUGAUCGAAAACGAAGACGACAAAGUUACAGCAACAGAGACAGGAUUAGUAUUUUGGCAUGGUUUAAUCUAUAUACCGAAAUCACUAAGAAACGAAAUCAUUCGACUCAACCAUGACACUUUAACUAGUGGUCAUCCAGGACAACUCAACACAAUGGAACGAAUCACCAGGAAUUACUACUGGCCACGAAUGAUGAAAGACAUCGAAACCUAUAUCAAGGAAUGCGACGCAUGUCAGAAAAACAAGAUCAGCAGACACCAACCAUACGGGUUACUACAGGAAAUCAAAGCACCAGAUUACCCAUGGCAAUGGAUUACGAUGGACCACAUUGUCAAACUACCAGAAUCACGAGGAUGUGAUGCUAUUCUAGUAAUAGUGGAUAGAAUGACGAAAUACGCACACUUCAUACCAACAACCGAAGGAACCAACGCUGAAGAACUAGCAGAAGAACUAAUAGACGGAGUGUUUCAACACCAUGGAAUACCGGAGAUCAUUAUCUCAGACAGAGGACCCACAUUCGCAUCAAAACUAUGGAAAUCAAUGAUGGACCUUAUGGGAGGAGAACAACGACUAUCAACAGCAUUCCACCCACAGACAAAUGGACAAACAGAAAGGACAAACCAGACAUUGAUACAAUAUCUACGGCACUAUGUGAAUCACCAUCAGGACAACUGGGCAGAACUACUAUCUAUGGCUCAGCUGGCAUACAACUCGGCAAAACAUUCGACAACCGGUGUAUCACCAUUCUUUGCAAACUACGGACGAGAACCACGAUUAAUGGGACAACCAAAGUUCAAGGAAUCAGUCAACGCUACAGCAGAAGAAAAAGUACAACAAAUGAAGGCGUUAUAUUUCUAUCUUCACACGGAAAUCAUCAAUCAAAACAAACUUACGACGGGAUAUUACAACGAAAAACAUCAGAAGGGACCUGAUUUCAAAAAGGGGGAGAAGGUUUACCUUUCACGAAAAAACAUUCAAACUACCAGACCAAGCGACAAACUCGAUCACCUACGAAUUGGACCAUUCGAAAUUGAAGAAAAAGUUAGCGAAGUCAACUACAAACUGAAACUACCCAACACUAUGAGGGUACAUCCAAUUUUUCAUAUCUCAUUAUUGGAACCAGCACCACAGAACGCUAAGACACAGGAGGAAAUCACUAUCGAACAAGAAACCUAUGAAGUUGAAAGCAUAUUAGCGGAAAAAGAAUCACCAAACGGAAAGCUCUAUUACCUAAGAGGUAUCGCCGACGGCAUCCAACGAACCGGAGGGAAAUUGUUUAGAACUGGCGAGCCACGCGUCAAACUCCUCGACGGUCGCAGCAAGAGCACGGGAUUCCAGUUGUUCUCUCAUAAUUUCAGCAUCGGCAGCGGCUACCUCUGCUUCAGAAGGAGGAUUUUCGGAAUCCAAGAUUUCCAACACUCUUUGAUUGUGAGAACGCAUGCUCACGACACGCUCAUUAUCAGACUCUUCAAGACGACGAAGACGUUUUAA